AUGCUGGACAAGUCUAUUGAUCUUCUUCGGCAAUACCUUCUUGAACGAAAGCUGCUCAAAGAAAUCCUUCCUUAUACUUUAUUUUCAAAUGCUGUGCCUGCUUCGAGGGAGCUUUAUCAACAACUUGUGGCUGAGUUCGAUGAUCGAUUCACCGCGAUCGACUCUGCCAUCGAUCUGAUUGAAGAUAGUUCACGAAUGAUUAUGGAUAAUAGCGAUAAUAAUUCAAUCGCCAUCACCGAGUUCAUCAAUGUCCUUCAGACAAUGGCAGCUGAAUGCCAGCAGCAGGCUCGGCGAGAUGACAACGCUAUUGAAAGAGAGGUCGACGAAAUCAACCGCCUUAUAGACCAAUUGCCUACUAAUGAGUCGGUGGACCUUAGCGAGCUAGAACUGGCAGUUACCAACCUUGAAAAUCUGCUACGUAUAUGA